AUGUCUGGCACAGUUGUCAUCACGGGAGCUAACGGCUCACUCGCUCUCGGCUUCGUCGAAUCCUUUCUUGCCUUAUACUCCCAACAUACGCUGAUCGCCACCGUACGGAAUCCGUCUCCAGAAAGAGACCCCAAUACCGCCAAGCUGGUGCAUCUCAUAUCUAGGUACCCCUCCGCACAUGUCCUCGUCGAAGGCCUAGACCUAGGCAGUCUAGCGGCCGUGAGAUCAUUCGCCGACAGCCUCGCCGCCAGGAUAUCCACCAAGGAGCUGCCGCCCAUCUUGGCGAUCGUCUGUAAUGCGUUCACCUGGUCGCUCGAGUCGGGGCAGAAGUUCACGGCGGAUGGAUUUGAAGCGACAUUUCAGGUCGGCCAUCUGGCUCAUUACCUGCUCGUGCUGAAGUUAAUCGAGAGCAUGGAUCCCCGCGCAGGGCGGGUUGUCAUGCUGGGUUCAACCACCCACUACCCAGACAAACCGAACCCUCUAUCUUCAUUGCGGCCGGGCAUUCCACAGGAUAUUGAAGAGCUAGUUAAACCGCGGCCGGAUCCGCCGCAUCUUGUGCAUGACCGGGGUUUCCAGCGAUACGGAACGGCUAAGCUGGCAAACGUGAUCUUCAUGGAAGAUCUCAACCAGAGACUGCGACAGAUCCCAAAGCUAUCGACAAUCACAGCAACGGCCAUGGAUCCUGGUGGCCUCGUCGAGUCACGAGCCCAAUCGGGACAAAAAGCAUCUGUCCAGCGUCUCUUCGCAGCAAUAAAGCUCCUCAUGCCUAUCCUGAAGCAUAUCACUACAACUUUCCGCACUAACAAAGACGCCGGUCGAGACCUUUUGGCUCUGAGCCUUGAUCCAGCUUUCCAGGGAAAGCGCGGAUAUUAUGUUGGCCAGAAAGAAGAAGCUGCGGCAUCGGUGACCGGAGACGCUGCGGUGCAAAGGCGCCUCUGGGAGGCGUGCUGGCAGUGGGCCGGGCUUGCUCCUGAGGAAACUGUGCUCUGUCGCUAG